AUGCCGGAUUGGACAUCCAUGAUAGACAAUGAUCCGAGAAUCAAGGGUCACCCGCGGUUCAACAAGAUGCUAAACUACCGCUCUCGCGCAGCAGAUGAGAUUCCCAUUCUUUUGGAUUCUGAACUGGUAACAUCGUCCAGAACUCUUGUGGCCGUCCAUUUUGCACCGUUGGCCAUAGCGACUCCACCCACCUUGUCUCCUCUUCCCAUAGAUAGGGACUUUGUCAAUAGUCCUUCACAGGCAAUUGCACCGCCGUCGCCUUCUCCCACCUCAAUGGUGCUGGAACCUCUGACCCCGCUUCCCAUGUCUGCAGUUUCUAUCCCCUCCAAAUAUAACCUAUUUGUGCCAGGGACAAAGAACGCAAAGACAGCACAAAAGGCCGGAAACAGGAAGAAGAAGAAGGUGGAAGAUAACGGUGUGGAAGAGGUGAAAUUGGGGAACAUACUGAGUGCUCCAUCUCGGUUGGGCAAGUCGAGUCAGAAGAGAAGCAAGCAUGUAUCAGGUGACGAGCGGAAUGAGCAUACUGACAUCGCCUCUGUCAUAGAGAAUGUGGCACCGGAACAUUCAGAUUCGACCGAGAUGGCCAAUGAGAGAGGUUUCUGGGAUGCAGAGACCAGGCCCGUUGAAUGGGGUAGGGAUUCAGCUAUCACCAUGGCAGCAGAGAACUGUGAUAAGUGUAGCAAAUUGGGGGUGGCCUGUCUUGUCCUUUUGGACAAGAAAUUCAGAUGCAUUCAACUUGCCUGCGCUAAUUGUGAUGAAAUGAAGGUCACAUGUGCGAUCAACGGAGUUGGUGUCCAGGAGAGAAUGCAAGCGAAAGCCAAGGCCAUGGCAGCUGAGGCAGUUGCCAAUCCUACCAGAUGCUCCAAGUUGCAUGCUCCGAAGUCCCGAGUUAUUAACAAGAUGGUGGUUAAUACCAGGUCCUGGAAGACGCCCAUGCCAUCCAAUUGGUCAUUGUCUGUAGUUGAGGAUGAUAUAGUAGAACGUGAAGAUUUGGCCUUGGCAGGUGAGCCAAAGUACAUGGAUGUCGCGCUGGCUCAAACAGAGGUUCUGCCAAUCCCAACAAUGGGCUCAUCCGUGUCCGUCGAGCCCCAAGGACAAUCAGUAGCACUUGUGAAUCCUGCAGAAUGUGAGCCGACUGCAAGGGACAUCCUGCAGAGCAUUCAAGACCUGGGCAGGCGACUUGAUGGUCUCGCUACUAAUGACAGGGUCAAUAAUUUGGAAGAACAACUCGAUUUGGUGGAAGAGGUGGUUGGGUGGUGGUUGGACGUACUGGAGCGAAAACUCAGAUACUCAGAUUUGGAAUGGAAAGCAACAUUGUCAUCACUUGGACAUUUAACCAUGUCCCUUCGGGAUCAUAUGGAUGAUCUGACUGCACACUGUCUGUUAUGCACUCAAAUAGAUCUGUUAUGCGGAGCCUUGAGAGGGGCGUCGUCCGCUAACGUUCAUGACGUAACCGAAAGGAUACGGUGUAGCAACUGA